AUGGUGUCCAGCAUCACAUCUGGGUCUAUCGAAGAUCCACCCACCGAGAAGCGCUCCACCCCAGAUAAUGUCCAGGUCAAGCCUCCGAACAAUACUGCUGGAUUCUGCGUCGACUUCCAGGAAUAUGACCCUGAGAACCCACGAAACUGGAGCACUUGGUAUCAGAUGUUCGCAAUCACAGCCAUCACAUACUGCGCUUGGGCAACGGUUCUAUACUCAACAUGCUUCUCCAGCGGGAUCACUGGUAUGAUGGAGGAGUUGGGAAUUGGAAGCAAGACUCUCGCCAACUUGGGCAUUUCGGUGUAUCUUGUCGGGUGGUCGGUUGGGUCUCUUGUUCUGGCUCCGUUGAGUGAGACGUUUGGACGGCGACCAGUGUAUAUCGUGUCGCUGCUGGCGUUUGUGGGAUUUAUACCUGGCGUUGCCUUGGCAAACUCCUUUGCUCUUGUUCUGAUUGUGCGGGUAUUGGGGUCCAUCUUCGGUGGCGUUAUGAUCACACUUGCACCGGGAAGUCUGGUUGAUAUUGUGCCAAUUUCUCGACUACCAUUCGCCAUGGCCAUUUACUCUCUUGGGCCUUUGAAUGGGCCGGUCACCGGUCCUAUCAUCGGAGGAUUCGUCAACAAGCGCUGGGGCUGGAGAGGCAUCAACUGGUUCAUCAUGAUAGUAUCGGGAGUCGGACUCGUGUUCAUGUGUCUCAUCCAAGAGUCCUACCAACCCGUCAUUCUCCGCCGACGAGCCUCCCAAAAGCGCCACGCAACAGGCGACCCUAGAUGGUGGUCAAAACACGACGAGACCAAGCUCCCCUUGCGACAGCGCCUUCCCACGGCCAUCUGGCGGCCAAUCCAGCUAUGCCUCACCGAGCCGGUUCUCUGGUUCUGGAACCUCUACAUCGCGUUUGUCUAUGCUGUGCUCUACCUCUGUUUUAUCGCAUACCCGAUGAUAUUCGCCGGUCUCAGACACUGGUCCCCCGAGAUCUCCGGGCUUCCGUUCGUGGGCGUGCUGCUUGGAAACACAUUCUCAGUAGCCUGUGAGCCCAUGCUGCGACGGCUCAUCAAUAGCCACCCCGUCGACCCUGCCACUGGGAAACGCGCCCCCGAGGCCGCGGUCUCCGUCAUCAUCAUCGCCGCCAUCGCCGCCCCCGUCGGUCAGUCGAUCUUUGCCCUAACCUCCUUGCCGACUUCCAUUCCAUGGAUAGCGUCCGUCAUCGGCGGAGCUCUCUUCGGGUUCGGAAACACUAUCAUCUUCAACCAUGGCCUCAACUACGUCGCGGUAUCUUAUGGAAGAUAUGCCUCGUCCGCACUCGUGUCAAACGUGGUUUGUCGCUCCGUGCUUGCGGCCGGGUUGGUCGAAGCCGGACAGUAUUUCUAUACUCGGCUCACUCCGCGGGUGGCUGGGGUUGUGCUGGCUGGUAUCGAGUUUGGUAUGAUUCCUAUUCCUGUCUUGUUUUAUGUGUGGGGCCAUAAGCUGCGUUUGCGAAGUAUGGCGCUGGGGAGGUUGGCUGAGGAAGUGGUGUGA